UGAAAGUACCAUGAUGCAAACAAUUAAAAAGUAUGAUACUGGAUGUUAUUGGCAUUUCAGAGUCAAACCAUUUGUAGAAGUGUUCCUUCCUUGAGCUCCGAGACAUGCAAUUUCUAAAUCUUCGAAAUAUAGCGAAAUACUAAAAUAUCACUUAACCAUCAAAUUUCGCGCCUCCAGUUUCCUAACACACGCUCGUUCACACUCCUCUUAAUCAUUAACACUUUUCACUACACCCAUCUUACCAUUCAUUCAUCAUCACAAUCCUAAACAAAAAUAUCCAACGAUUAUAACCAAAUAAACAGUCAACCUAUGGUGUCAGAACAAGAAGUUCACGUGACUCUCUGCACAGGAUCAUGGCCUCGAAGGUAAACACUGUAGUCGUACCUCACAGACCAAGCGACAAUCACUGUCAUAUUUCCAAAUCUCGAGUUGUCUUUCCUGCUCUCAUCAUCUUCAUUCAUUUCGUAGCGAGGGUAAAAGUGAAGAUCCCAGUAGAAAAGUUGGAAACUUUGUUGCUCCUCACUGCUUGAAUCAGUUGUUCUUGUUGUUGUUUCAUGGAAGAUGCCAAAGUGGUUUCCUGUCUCGUUUCUCUCUUCCUGUGUUACUGGGUUCUUCUUGUGGAGGGCACUGAUAGCCUUCUCUCUCCAAAGGGUGUCAACUAUGAAGUGGCUGCUUUGAUGUCCAUGAAGAGUAAGAUGUAUGAUGAGUUUCAUGUUAUGGAUGGUUGGGAUAUUAAUUCUGUUGACCCCUGCACUUGGUACAUGGUUGGUUGCUCUGCCGAGGGCUAUGUUGUUUCCCUGGAGAUGGCCAGUGCGGGUUUAUCCGGGACGAUUUCCUCAGGAAUUGGUAAUUUGAGCCACCUUCAUACAUUGUUAUUGCAGAACAAUAAGUUAUCUGGUCCUAUUCCGACUGAGAUAGGAAAGCUUUUAGAGCUUCAAACCCUUGACCUUUCUGGUAACAAGCUGGAUGGAGAAAUUCCUAAUUCAUUGGGCUUUUUGACUCAUCUUAGUUACUUGCGGCUCAGCAAAAAUAAACUAUCUGGACAGAUCCCUCAGCUUGUUGCUAAUCUCACAGACCUUUCAUUCUUGGACUUGUCAUUCAAUAAUCUCAGUGGUCCCACUCCAAAAAUUUUAGCCAAAGGUUAUAGUAUUUCAGGAAACAGCUUCCUCUGCACCUCUUCUUCUCAAAUUUGUAUGGGCUUUUCAAAACCAGCUAAUGAUACAGGGUCAUCUCAGUCGACUGGUGGUCAUCACCAAAGGGUGCUUGCUGUUGUUAUUGGCUUUAGUUGCACAUUUGUAAUUUCAGUGGUGCUUCUUGUAUUUUGGUUGCAUUGGUACAGAUCAAACAUUCUGUACACAUCUUAUGUGGAGCAAGAUUGUGAAUUUGAUAUUGGCCAUCUGAAGAGGUUCUCCUUCCGUGAAUUGCAAAUUGCCACCGGAAAUUUCAAUUCAAAAAAUAUCCUUGGGCAAGGUGGUUUUGGUGUUGUCUACAAAGGAUGCCUUGCAAAUAAAAUGUUAGUGGCAGUAAAGAGGUUGAAAGAUCCCAAUUAUACUGGAGAAGUGCAGUUUCAAACAGAAGUUGAGAUGAUUGGCUUGGCCGUGCAUAGAAACCUCUUGCGUCUCUAUGGAUUCUGUAUGACACCGGAUGAAAGGUUACUUGUUUAUCCUUACAUGCCCAAUGGCAGUGUUGCUGAUCGCUUGAGAGAGACUUGCCGUGAAAAGCCAUCAUUGGACUGGAACAGGCGAAUGCGCGUUGCUCUUGGAGCAGCACGGGGGCUUCUAUACUUGCAUGAACAAUGCAAUCCAAAAAUAAUCCACAGGGAUGUUAAGGCUGCAAAUAUUUUGUUAGAUGAAAGUUUUGAAGCUGUGGUGGGAGAUUUUGGUCUUGCUAAGCUCUUAGAUCAAAGGGAUUCACAUGUAACUACUGCAGUGCGAGGGACUGUAGGUCACAUUGCUCCAGAAUAUCUCUCAACUGGACAGUCUUCUGAAAAAACAGAUGUUUUUGGAUUCGGCAUAUUACUUUUGGAGCUCAUAACAGGACACAAGGCACUUGAUGCCGGAAAUGCUCAGGUCCAAAAGGGAAUGAUUCUUGAUUGGGUUCGAACCUUAUAUGAGGAGAAACGGUUGGAAGUGUUAGCGGAUAGGGAUUUGAGGGGAUGUUUUGAUCCUGUAGAGUUGGAGAAAGCAGUGGAUUUGUCUCUACAGUGUACUCAGUCACUUCCCACUUUGCGACCAAAGAUUUCAGAAGUUCUGAAGAUUCUAGAAGGUCUGGUAGGACAGUCAGUGCGGGCAGAGGAGUCACAAGGAGGGACUAACCUAUAUGGUGAAAGGACUUGCAGUUUCUCACAAAAUUAUAGUGAUGUUCAUGAAGAACCUUCCUUUAUUAUUGAAGCCAUUGAGCUUUCUGGACCUCGGUGA